AUGCAUCCUGCACGCGCACUUUUAGAUAGUGCCUCCCAGCCAGAUUUGAUGAGUAGCCGUUUUGCUAACCGGCUAGGUAUCAAAUCGGGCACGGUUGAUAUCACGCUGAUUGGUGCUGGUCAAUCGUCCACCCCGGUGCGGAAAUCGAUGCGCACCACGGUAUCAUCCAGAGCGAGCCCUUAUGCGAUUAACGUUGAGUUUUUGAUAGUCGAGAAGCUUAUUGCUGACCUGCCCGCACAUGAUGUGCCCACCAGCGGCUGGAAAUUACCGCCACAUAUUAUAUUCGCCGACCCCCAUUUCGAAAAGUCGGCACCGAUCGACAUUAUUCUCGGUGCCCAGCACUAUCACACAUUCUUUGUAAGCGGGGCGCAAUAUAAAAUGUCAUCGAAUAUACCAGUCCUGAUGGAGAGCGUAUUUGGCUGGGUCGUGAGUGGAUCAGCAUCUACCUCUCAGCCAGCAACAUCCAAUACUUUUCACACUUCAUCCGUGGUGUGUAUGGUUUCACUAGAAGAAUCAAUAGAGCGUUUCUGGAAAGUAGAAGAACUACAGGUUAACGAUGGCUAUUCUCCUGAGGAUCGCAAAUGUGAGCAAUUUUACAAGGAUACAACACAGCGAGAUGAAGCUGGUCGUUAUAUGGUAUGCUUACCUAAACAAGCAGACUUCGAUGUUAAGCUUGGCCUUUCGAAGGCAGCAGCAUUAAGGCGGUUUAGUUUGUUAGAAAGGAGGUUAGAACGAGAUCCAAACGUAAAAGCGGCGUACCAUGAUUUCAUGCGUGAGUAUCUGGAGCUUGGGCACAUGUCACGCAUAAAAAAUCCCUCCGACGACGAACCCGCGUAUUAUCUGCCUCACCAUCCCGUGUUCAAAGCCGCUAGCUCCACAACAAAGGUUCGCGUGGUAUUUGAUGGUUCAGCUAAGACGUCCACCGGCUUUUCGCUAAACGAGGCGUUAUGCGUCGGCCCUGUCGUGCAGGACGAUCUGCUCGACAUAAUUUUGCGCUUCCGCACAUAUAAAGUAGCCGUUGUUGGAGAUAUUGCGAAAAUUUACCUAUGGCUUAGCCCCCUCAUCAUUCUUGGCAAGCUUGCAAAUGAUGAGGGCGCCUCUUGUCCCAAUGCUGCAGCUGCAGCUCAUUUGAAAACUAACUUCUACGUUGACGAUUUCAUCGGUGGUGCUGAUUCCAUCGGAAAUGCUCGCCAGUUGCGAAUCGAGCUUUCUCAAUUGCUCGCCAAAGGCGGCUUCGAGCUGCGAAAGUGGACAUCCAAUCAGCUCGAGGUGCUCGCCGGUUUAAAUGCGGAUCAAAUCGGCACACAGUCAGCGCGGCAAUUCUUACCACACGAGAUAGUAAAGGCUCUUGGUGUUUCAUGGGAGCCAGAGCAUGACGUUUUAUCCUUCGAAUCCGCAAUAUCCAGUGAUGUGUCCAUUCCGACAAAGCGAUCCAUUCUAUCCAACGUAGCUCGCAUGUUCGAUCCGCUGGGCCUGAUCUCCCCGAUUGUCAUUCGGGCCAAGAUGAUGAUUCAGGAGUUAUGGUUGCAGAAAGCUGGUUGGGACGAGUAUGUUCCAGAUACUAUCUGUAAGAAAUGGAAAACAAUACAAGAAGAUUGGCAACUCAUCUCUGAAUUCAAGGUUAGUCGUUAUGCGCUUCUACCUGGUGCGCGUAUUCAGCUACAUACCUUCUGUGAUGCAUCGGAGGCAGCAUAUGGAGCCUGCAUUUAUGCGCGUUGUGAAGGCGAAGGUGGGCAGAUUCGCAUAACGUUGCUUUCUUCCAAAUCGCGUGUGGCACCGCUCAAGCGCGUCACACUACCCCGCCUUGAACUAUGCGCUACUGUACUAGGAGUACACCUGCAUCACCGAGUAAAGAAGGCGAUGGGGAUCAACGUUGCAGAAUCUUUCUUUUGGUCGGAUUCCACCAUCACCUUAACCUGGAUCAGCGCCACACCCAACACAUGGGCAACGUUCGUGGCUAACCGGGUAUCUGAAGUGCAGCAUUACUCACACCCGCGGCAGUGGAGACAUGUACCCGGCGCGUCUAAUCCUGCUGAUCUGGUUUCACGAGGCAUGUCAGCCGCUGAUUUCCUGAAAAGCAAACUGUGGAGCUUCGGUCCGGAUUGGCUAUCUUUGCCCGCUUCCAUCUGGCCCAACUCUAACCUGGAACCAGCCAACGAAACGAAUCUAGAGAUUCGCCAGCUACAAGCGAUUGCUGCGUAUCGUAUCAUACUGCAUUCGCUUCACACGUAA